CUUACUUCAGGUAAUGCCUCGCUCAGACAGUGCCCGUGGAAUGAUAAAUGCUGGCUUCUUAUACAAAAUGAAAUCAACCUCUAGCAACAUAGUCGAUAGCGCUAGGAUUGUGUUCGGCAACAUUUCACCAACAUUCGUCAGAGCCACUGCCACGGAAAAGUACCUGAAGGGAAAAAACUUGUUCACAAAUGAUACAUUAACUACAGCAUUAAAGACGUUGGAUAAAGAGCUGGUGGUUGAAGAAAAUCCGGGAGAACCACCCGUCGCGUAUAGAAAGCAAGCUGCGCUGGGAUUGUUUUACAAAGGACUCUUGAAGUUGGCUCCGGAAAAUACUGUGAAUCCCCGCUAUCGAUCCGGAGCCAUCAAACUUCAUGACGAGCGGCCUUUGUCAAGAGGAUAUCAGUUGUUUGAAACGAACCCAGAAAAAUGGCCCAUUAAUAAACCAGUUACCAAAGUUGAUGGUUUGAUUCAAACAGCUGGUGAAGCUUUAUACGUGGAAGACCUUCCAAGAUUUCAUCAAGAAGUAUUCUGCGCAUUUGCACUCAGUACUGUGGCUCUUGGAAAUUUAGUAUCAAUUGACUCUAGCAAAGCUCUGGCCUAUCCCGGUGUAAUAGCUUUCUAUUCUGCUAAAGACAUCCCAGGAGCAAAUACUUUUACGAUGCCCGAUCAACUGUUGUUUGGUUCAACCGAAGAAAUUUUAUGCAGUGGUGAAGUAAAAUACUAUAACCAACCUAUCGGAAUCAUUGUUGCCGAGUCUCGUCACAUAGCUGAUACAGCUGCUAAAUUAGUUGUCGGUGAAUAUACUAACGUUAAAGAACCUUUGAUUGAUAUUCGUGAUGCCAAAGAUGAUCCAAACAGAACGACAGCAGCCAUGACCAUGGAGGCUACUGAUAGAGGUGAAGAUGUUGUUAAGGAAAUAAAAGGACUAAAUUCAAUUUAUGGACAGUACCAUUUUACUAUAGAGACCUUGGUUACGGUUGUUAACCCCUCGGAUCAGGGAUUCGAUGUGUAUAGCUCAACGCAUUGGAUUGAGGGAGUGCAGAUGAUGAUAUCGAAGGCAUUGAACAUAGACCAAAACAGGGUUGAUGUACACACUCGUCGUGUUGGAGGCUCUUAUGGACUCAAGCUGUCUCGUGCAAAUCAGGGAGCAAUUGCGGCGGCAUUAGUUGUGCAGAAAUUAAAUAGACCUUGUAGGUUUAUACAAUCUUUGACAACCAACACCCGGGCCCAUGGCAAGCGCUUACCAUGUUGCUCAGAAUUCAACGCUGGCGUAAAUAGCUCGGGUCAGAUCCAGCAUAUAGACUACAAUAUCUACGAAGACAAUGGAUACACAGUGAAUGAACGGUUCUCGUUAAUUGGCCUUGAAGUGUUUAAUAAUGCCUACAAUAAAUCAAGGUGGAACUACAAAAGCUUUGACUCAACAACCGAUACCGCAUCAAACACUUGGGCAAGAGCUCCAGGUACGUUGGAAAGCAUCGCUAUGGCAGAGCUUGUCAUGGAGCAAAUUUCAUAUGAAAUGAAUUUAGACCCUAUAGAUGUAAGGCUCGCUAACUUAGACCAAGAAUAUGAAAGUUCUCUUAAAGAGAUGCUCGACACCAUUCUCGUAAAAUCUGAUUACAAGAAUAGACGAAACUUAGUUACUAAGUUCAAUUCGGAAAACAGAUGGAAAAAAAGAGGUUUGAGGGUGGCUUUUCUCAGAUGGUCUCCCACGGGUGGCUUAAACUUGUACAUAAAUAUAUCAGUUUACCGUGGUGAUGGUACUGUUGCCAUAACGCACGGGGGUAUUGAGAUGGGUCAAGGAAUAAAUACCAAAGCAGUGCAAGUUGCAGCCUAUUUGUUGAAUAUUCCUAUGGACAAAAUUCAGAUUAAAGAAAACAAUACUAUGAUUGCUCCCAACUGUUAUGUGUCGGGAGGAAGUCUUGUAAACUUCAAUGUAGUUGUGGGGGUUAGACGUGCUUGUGAGGAACUCCUAGCUAAACUUCAACCUAUAAGGGACCAGAUGGAUAAUCCUACUUGGGAAGAGCUUAUAACCGAAGCGUAUGCACAAAAUGUGGAAUUGCAAGCUCGUGGAUUUACUAAAAAUACGGAAGAAUAUCCAUUUCCAGCUUAUGGAGUAACAGUAUCUGAAGUAGAAAUAGAUGUGUUGACUGGAGAGUUGGAGAUAGUGCGGGUUGAUCUUAUUGAAGAUGUCGGUCUAAGUAUUAGUCCUGAAGUAGACGUGGGACAGGUAGAAGGUGCUUUUAUGAUGGGUCUAGGAUACUGGACAUGUGAGAACCUGAUGUAUGGGAAAAAUGGAGAGCUCCUGACCGAUAGAACCUGGAACUACCAUGUACCUUUAUGCAGAGAUAUUCCUCAGGACUUGAGGGUUUAUUUCAGAAAGAACUCUUAUACCGAAGAUGCCAUAUUUGGUUCUAAAUGUAUCGGUGAACCACCGAUAUGCAUGUCCAUCGUCAUAGCCUUCGCUAUAAGAGAAGCCAUCGUGGCUGCCAGGCAGGAGUCGGGCAUUUCUCCACAAGAAUGGUUCCAAGAAAAUGGACCUUACACGGUCGCCAGGAACUGCCUGUUGGCGUCGACAAAAGUUGAGGAUUUCAAAUUUUAUUAAAUUGUUUUUGUUGUCACCUUUCAAAUCAAGCCUUUUAUUGGAAUCUGUUAAAGAAAUCUAUUGAUAUCCUGUAUUUAGAAAUGCAAAUAGAUCAGUGACAAAUAAUUAAAAUUAAUGUAAUUUACCUCUAUGUUCAGGCGUAGUCAUUUGCAGUGUGUAUAUUUUUGUCAUAAUUUAAAAGCGAUUUAUAAUAAAAGGUCAUAUUUUUCUUGUA